CAGAGGGACUACAACCACCUCCUUGAUGAACUCGAAUAUCGUGCAAUAUCACAUCAGUUUGAAGUUGAGAAAAUGGGACUUCCAAGGACAGAUUACAAGGCUCGCCAGCAAAUACUGACCUUGGUGGUGAAGUGGGGGAAGACACUAAACUUGACACUGGAGAAGUAUAACAAACUGGCUUCCACCAUAGAUCCCCCAAAACCAACACUCAGUUGGGGUGAUGUCACCAGUCUUGAAUUCGUGUCUGAUAUUGUGAUUUUGCGGGGCCAUGAUGAUGUGGUGAAACCCCUCCUUCAUAAGGCUGCCUGA